AUGUAUCUAAUUCAGCUUAACAACCAUAAUCUUCGAAGAAGCAAUUGCUUCCAUAUAUCAGAAAAGCUUGUUUUAGCAAUCAAUAAUGUCGAGUACUUGCUUAAUAAAUCUUUUGCAGUUUCAAUUUCACAAAAAUUAUGCGAUCAAUAUAUUUUAGAUAAUUGCAUUGCAAAAUAUGCUCUCAAUAUUGAUAUUGCAUCAUCAUCUACAUAUGGUGUACUAAAAGAUAUGCUUCAAUAUGAAAAAAAAGAAAUUGAAUGUGAUGUGACAGUUUUGCAAGAUAUCUUUCAUAUUGGGAUCGCUCUUGAAAUGAAUGAACUAAUAGAUAUAUACAAGAAGCAUGUUAUUGAUAAAAAGAGAUUAAAACCGAAAAAUUGCAUUCAAUUCCUUGAUUAUUAUAUCUUUAUUUCAGCAGAUAAACAGAUUGAAAGAAUUGCAGAUUUUAUUUCAACACAUUUUUCCAAAAUCGAUGAAAUUCAAUUCAAAAUGAUUGCCAAAAAAUUGAUGUGGACAUUCUUCAUAGGAUAUUUAGCAAUGAAGAACUUGCAAUAA